AUGCGGAGAGGGUUCUGGGGAAAAGGCAUCUGUGCUGGCAAACAUGCGAUUGCCGAGUACCUGAUUCAGCAGGGUUUCCAGCUGCUCGAGCUCACUAGCAAAAGUCAUCACCGAAUCACCGAUGAACCAGACGAUGAUCUCCGGUUACAAGCCUCAGAUAUUAGGAAGAAAGGGGACGCUCAGGUCUCGGAGCUAGUCUUUGAGAAUGCCGACUCCCUUCUUGAUUUUGCGACCAAACGAUGGCAAGACCGCUGGGUUACUACUGAUAUUGCGGACGGCCUCACCUUGGAUCGAUUCCUUCUACGACCCUUCUUCCUCCUCGUGAGUGUCGAUGCGCCAGUGAGUCUUCGUUGGAAACGAUUCACCGACAGGUGUUGGCGAAGACAACUGGACCCGCCCGACCUCGAGAAAUUCGUCCUAUGGAACGACCGACACCUUUAUGAUAGGGAUAUUGGACGCGUCUAUUUGACUGACCGAGCCCAAGUACGCUUGUUCAAUUCCUCCUCGUCCCUGGAAGAACUGCACCAAGCCCUUGGGAUACUUGACCUGGCCGACGAACAACGAUUACGACCCAAUUGGGAUCAAUAUUUUAUGCAACUGGCGUCUCUUGCGGCACAGAGAAGCAACUGCAUGAAAAGAAGAGUGGGGUGUGUGCUUGUUCGAGAGCGUCGAGUCAUCAGCACUGGGUACAAUGGCACCCCUCGGCAUCUCCAGAACUGCAACGAGGGUGGAUGUCCGAGAUGCAAUCGUGGUGACGGGGGUGGAAUUGGUCUCUCAACCUGUCUUUGCAUUCACGCUGAAGAAAACGCAUUGCUGGAAGCCGGUCGAGAACGCAUCCGAGAGGGUGCUAUUCUCUAUUGCGAUACGUGUCCCUGUUUGACGUGUACUGUCAAAAUUGCCCAGGUGGGCAUCUCUGAAGUGGUUUACUCGCAGGGCUACAACAUGGACAAAGAUAGUGCUGCGAUUCUAGAGGCCGCAGGCGUGCGUCUCCGACAAUUCCACCCGCCAUCGAAUGGGCUGAUCUAUCUACAGGGGUUCGGCGAACCGGCCAAGGGUUCAGGCCCAGUGUGA